UCGUAGUCCAUUUUCUAGCAGUGUACAAUUGUCAGUCGCUUUCGCAACACGUGAAAAAUUUUCCGCAAGUUUUUCUCUAGUUGUUCACCUGCAAGGCGACAGAAUGUCGUGGUUCUUUGGAUCGAGAGGCCAACCUCCGCCGGCCGGCGAUGGAGGUCCUCCGGAACAGGGCGGGAACGCUGCUGGCCCGGCGCCAGAUCUCGGCCUCAGCCGGGCUGAGAGAAAAGCCAUGGAGGCCUACAGAUUCGACUCCUCGGCUCUGGAGAGAGCCGCCGAAGCUGCCAAGACCCUGGAGAAGUCCAAGCACGCUCAUGCGGCGCUGGACUUGUCCAAGAUGCAGGAGAACACACGGCAGCAGGAGCUGCAGGUGAAGGCGAAGGAGUAUGAGGCCCAUAUUGAGACUGCCAAGGUAGAGCAGAAGCGCGUGGACUACGAAGAGCGACGGAAGCUGCUGUCGGAGGAGACGAAGCAUCAGCAGCAGCGGGCGCAGUACCAAGACCAGUUGGCGAGGAAGCGGUACGAGGAGCAGCUGGCACAGCAACAGCGCGUGCAGGAUGAGAAUCUGCGGAAGCAAGAAGAGAGCGUGGCCAAGCAGGAGGCAAUGCGCCGCGCCACGAUCGAGCAUGAGAUUGAGAUGAAGGAGAAGAACAAGUUGAAGCUGCUGGAGGCGGAACUGAGGGCGAAGGCGAAGGUAGACAGGGAGAAUAGGGACAUCAAUCUCGAGCAGAUCCGUCUCAAGGCGCAAGAGCAUCGCGCCACAGUGCUGGAGGGCAUCAAGACGGCCGGAUCUGUGCUGGGUGCCGGCGCCCAGGCGAUGCUGAAUGACUGGCAGAAGGUGGCAACAGCUGCCGGAGGACUCUCCCUCCUUGCGCUGGGCAUUUAUUCAGCGAAAGGCGCCACUGGUGUGGCUGCGCGCUACGUAGAGGCGCGCAUUGGGAAGCCCUCGCUCGUGGGAGAGACUUCUCGCUUCUCGCUUUUGGAGGCCGUUCGGCAUCCAAUACAUCUGCUGAAGCGCUUCCGCAGCAAACCAGCCGAUGCCCUGCAGGGCGUGAUUCUUGAGCCUAAGCUGGAGGAGAGGCUGAGAGAUAUUGCCAUCGCCACGAAGAACACUCGCCAAAACAAAGGAUUCUACCGCAACAUCCUGAUGCACGGACCUCCGGGCACGGGAAAGACCAUGUUCGCGAAAAAGUUGGCCAAUCACUCUGGCAUGGAUUAUGCCAUAAUGACUGGCGGCGAUGUGGCGCCCAUGGGAAGAGAUGGAGUGACGGCGAUUCACAAGGUCUUCGACUGGGCACACACUUCUGGACGCGGUCUGCUGCUGUUUGUCGACGAAGCGGAUGCCUUUCUGCGGAAGCGAUCAUCAGAGCGCAUCUCAGAGGACCUGAGAGCUUCCCUAAACGCUUUCCUGUAUCGCACAAGUGAGCAAAACUACAAGUUCAUGUUGAUCCUGGCCAGUAACACGCCAGAGCAGUUUGACUAUGCCAUCAACGAUCGCCUGGAUGAGAUGGUGGAGUUCACGCUGCCUGGAUUGGAGGAGAGGGAGCGCCUUAUGCGUCUCUACUUUGAUCAGUUCGUUCUGGAGCCGGCGGCCGUGGGCAAGAGGCGCUUCAAGGUGGAGCAGUUCGACUACGGUGCCAUUUGCAGCCAAAUGGCCAAACUCUGCGAGGGGAUGUCCGGACGAGAGAUCUCGAAGCUUGGUGUUGCCUGGCAGGCGGCACUCUAUUGCUCAGAAGACGGCGUGUUGACAGAGAAGAUGGUGCUAGACAAGUGCGAAGAGGCUGUUCAUCAGCACAGGCAGAAGAUGGCUUGGCUGUCUGAGCAGGAGAAGGGAGAUCACAAGUCCAUCACCGGCGGGAAAGGACAGCCGCAAUAGACCAUGUUUGCGACGGGAAAAUUCCUCCCGAUAACCUCAACAUUCGCCAUCUGCAGCUGAAUCUAUGGGAAAUUUAUAUUAAACUUCCUUCAGCUGGUGGCUCCUGGAGUGUCCCUGACCUGCCCCAGUGUAGACAAAAAGUGCAUGCCGGAGUGAUAAGGAAAAGCUAGUGGGAAAAAAUGCGGGUAAUAAAAAGCGCGGGAAAGUAGA